AUGAACCACCAGGGUCGGGUGAAACAAACAUUUCACAUUACCGACUUUGGCUCAAGCACAGCAAAAGAGAGAGCAGCUUCACUGCUGUUUACGUUGCCUUGUGCGGCUGCCAAGGGCGCCAGUGCCUUUCACAGGGCUGAAGAUGCUGAAAGAGAACUGCGCAGGCUGCGUUUGGACCGAUCAGAGAAGGAGAAGCAGGUUCAGGAUCUCACCCGGCAGCUUUUCGAUGCGGAGCGACGUGCGUCUGCGGUCGAAACUUCUCAAGUUGCGCUCCCUGACUUGCAGCAGAUCCAGCGGCAAUUGGGCAUCCUGAGUGCAAGCGCUGGCUUGCAGGGUCCCAUGCACGAGCAACCUCCCGAGACCCACCCAACCGGGCGAACGGGUCAAGGUCAAGGUCCCAUUGAUGGGCCGAUGCAGGGCUUUCGCGCAGGGCCGGUGCCAGGCACGCACCAAACCACCGAGGAGCUUGGGGAUAGAGCUACUCAACUUCGGGCACGAGCUGAAGGUUUGAGGUGCACUGCUGCAGAGGAUUAG